AUGACUUCACCCCAUCCACCACCACCGCCGCGACAGCGAGAGGAAGAUGAGGAAAAAGAUGAUGCUGAAGACGAAGCAGAAACAACUGCACAAGAAGAUACUGAGGUCGAAGCAGAAACAACUGCAUCACAGCAAGAUGCUGAACUCGAAGCAGAAACAACUGCACAAGGAGCAGCUCGAGGUCGGAAAAAGCUGAGAAAUAAAAGGAUCGCGAAGAGAGCGCGAAGGAAUCCACCGCCAUUGCGAGAGGAGGAUGAGGAAGAAGAUGCUGGACAAGGAGCUGCACCAAAAUUGGAUAUUCUAGGACAAGGCAAGCCUUGGUACAGAUUUCGGUGCCAUACCAAAUCUCUCCUAGAUGUUAUUAAUUACUGGAAGGAAGAGCCAAGGUACUAUGAAGCAUGUAAGAAAGAGUUGGAGAAGGCUGGAUUUGGAGGGUUAUUGGAGCUUCGAUUGGCAAAUUUUCCAAAGAAGUUGUUCGAUACCUUGAUGGCACAGUACGACUUGGUCACCAGUUCAUUCGUUUUCGGUGAAGGGGAGAACAAGAAGGUGCUGACAAUCGAAGCUGAGGAUGUUGCCCGUGUUUACGGCCUUCCUAUUGGUGGAGCUGAGAUUGAUGCCGUUAGGUCGAACGACAAGAUGCUUGAUAUGUUCUUGGAGGAGCUCAAUAUCGAGUGUAAUCGAAGUCGAAAUGUCGAAGUCUUGGAUCUUAAAGAGGCAGCCUGUGGUGGUCCCGAUGACGCACCGAAAAGGAGACCACCUGUUGCAGCCGCAGUGAAGCAGUUUUUGUUGCUGGCUCUAGGUUCGAUGCUUAUCCCAAAGAUGUCACGACUUUGUGAUCUCGAUUAUGCCGAGUAUCUUGUUGGAAGGGUGGAAGACAUUGCCACUUUUAAUUGGAGUGGUUUUGUUGCCCGCAAUCUGAAGUUUGAGUUGUCUCGUGCUAAGGAGAACGAAGCUGAACUAAGGCAUCUUGGUAAACAGCAAUGGCCUCUCGGAGAUAUCCACUUCUUAAUGAUCCAUUUGCUGGACUUCCUUAAUGUGAGAGGGUUUGCCACAAAAACCAUCCCUACCUGCAGCUAUUGGUUCGAGCCUAGGGUGGACAAGGUGUGCGGUAAUAUCCCCAAGGAAGCUGAGAAGUAUCUUCUUGGUCCGAUGUUGUUCUCAAGAGAAGAAGUCAAAUCCCGCUUCCGUCCUGCACGUGUCAGGAGGGAUUUGGAAUUUGGAUCAAGCAGCUCGGCUUCUACUACUGAAUGGUGGAAGGAUGUUGAUUUGGAAACCCUUGAUGAUGAUGAGCUUAAGGCAUUGGAGUCCAUGACUGAAAAAAUGAUGGAUGUAUGGGAGUCAAGGCGGGAUAGUGUUUGGAGAGUUGUCAUUUUGCGCCAUCAAGGAACCAAAUGA